AUGGCUCCCAAGAAACCGGUUAAAGAAGAGAAAGUUCCCUUGGGUCGCCCAGGGAAUAACUUGAAGAGUGGUAUCGUUGGUCUAGCGAAUGUUGGCAAAUCCACACUUUUCCAAGCUAUUACAAGAUGUUCGUUGGGUAAUCCUGCGAACUUCCCCUUUGCAACCAUUGACCCUGAAGAGGCCCGUGUCAUUGUUCCGGAUGCACGGUACGAUUGGCUAUGUGAACAUUAUAAACCAAAGUCCAGGGUACCUGCAAACUUAACGGUAUAUGAUAUAGCUGGUCUAACUCGAGGCGCCUCAACCGGUGCUGGUCUCGGAAAUGCUUUCCUGUCACAUAUUCGUGCUGUGGAUGCUAUCUUCCAGGUCGUUCGAUGUUUUGACGACGCAGAAAUUAUUCAUGUCGAGGGUGAUGUCGAUCCCGUUCGGGACCUGAACAUCAUCAGCGAGGAGCUACGGAUCAAAGAUAUUGAAUUCGUCGAAAAGGCUCUCGAAGCCCUUGCAAAGCAAACUAGGAGAGGAGGCCAGAGCUUAGAGAUGAAAAAAUUGAAAGAGGAGGAGGCCACUGUUGGCAGGAUUCUGGAGUGGCUGAAGGAGGGCAAGGAUAUUCGAAAAGGGGAUUGGACUCCUAAAGAGGUUGAAGUAAUUAACCCUCUAUUUCUCCUGACUGCUAAGCCAGUUGUGUAUUUGGUCAACCUCAGCGAAAGGGACUAUAUCAGGCAAAAGAACAAGUACCUGCCGAAGGUUGCAGAAUGGAUCAAAACCAACUCCCCCGGGGAUCCUAUAAUCCCAGUCUCUGUAUCUUUCGAAGACAGACUUACCCGCUUCGAAAAUGAUGCAGCUGCCGAGGAGGAAUGCAAAAAUCUUGGAACCAAGUCGGCGCUCCCCAAGAUCAUUUUAACUAUGCGACAAUGUCUUCAACUUGGCAGCUUUUUCACCACUGGCGCUGAUGAAGUGAGACAAUGGACUAUCCGAAAGGGCACCAAAGCUCCCCAAGCUGCUGGUGUCAUUCACACUGAUUUUGAGAAAACUUUCAUUCAAUGUGUUGUGUUCAACUAUGAUGUGCUACGAGAGUAUGGGGACGAAGCAGCUGUCAAAGCUGCUGGGAAGGUUCUUACGAAGGGCAAAGAUUAUGUUGUGGAAGAUGGAGAUAUUGUCCUGAUUAAGGCUGGUGCCGCAAAGGCAUAG